UCGCGUUCACAUACCCGGGGAGGGCAGUAGAAAGGUGAUCAAUCUUCAUCAGGCUACAUUUCCAAUCACCUAAACAACAGAGCAAGACAAGCCACUCCGACAAGGUUGGUUGCCCGCAGGGGCACAGAGAGGGCGUGAGGUAGAUGGUGAGCCGCCCCGGCAGCUGAGGGCAGGCCAGGCCCCCAGAAGAAACGACUUCGAGGUGGGAGCUCUGAGCUGCUCCUAGCCCUAGGCCCCCUGGAUCCGUCUGGGCACCUCCAUCCAGCUGUUAGCAUGAUGUCUUACCUCAAACAACCUCCAUAUGGCAUGAAUGGACUGGGCCUAGCCGGGCCUGCCAUGGACCUCCUACACCCCUCUGUGGGCUAUCCGGCCACCCCGCGCAAGCAGCGGCGGGAGCGCACCACCUUCACGCGCUCACAGCUGGACGUGCUCGAGGCGCUUUUCGCGAAGACUCGCUACCCUGACAUCUUUAUGCGCGAGGAGGUGGCCCUCAAGAUCAACCUGCCCGAGUCCAGAGUCCAGGUCUGGUUCAAGAACCGCCGCGCCAAGUGCCGCCAGCAGCAGCAAAGCGGGAACGGAACCAAGAGCCGCCCGGUGAAGAAGAAGUCCUCCCCGGUGCGCGAGAGCUCGGGCUCCGAGAGCAGCGGCCAGUUCACGCCGCCCGCCGUGUCCAGCUCGGCCUCCUCGUCCAGCUCGGCGUCCAGCGCCUCCGCCAACCCGGCGGCGGCCGCAGCUGCGGGCCUGGGCGGGAACCCGGCGGUGGCAGCCGCGUCGUCUCUGAGCACGCCGGCGGCUUCGUCCAUCUGGAGCCCGGCCUCCAUCUCGCCUGGCUCGGCGCCCGUGUCCGUGCCCGAGCCGCUGGCCGCGCCGAGCAACGCCUCCUGCAUGCAGCGCUCGGUGGCCGCCGGGGCGGCCACGGCCGCCGCCUCCUACCCCAUGUCCUACGGCCAGGGCGGCAGCUACGGCCAGGGCUACCCCGCGCCCUCCUCGUCCUACUUCGGCGGCGUGGACUGCAGCUCUUACCUGGCGCCCAUGCACUCGCACCACCACCCGCACCAGCUCAGCCCCAUGGCGCCCUCCUCCAUGGCCGGCCAUCACCACCACCACCCGCACGCGCACCACCCGUUGAGCCAGUCUUCAGGCCACCACCACCACCAUCACCAUCACCACCACCACCAAGGUUACGGGGGCUCGGGGCUCGCCUUCAACUCUGCCGACUGCUUGGAUUACAAGGAGCCUGGCGCUGCCGCUGCUUCCUCCGCCUGGAAACUCAACUUCAACUCGCCCGACUGUCUGGACUAUAAGGACCAAGCGUCAUGGCGGUUCCAGGUCUUGUGAGGCCCUGGGAGUGAGAGGAAGAGGAGAAGAAACGCAACUACCUGCGCCCUCUGUGGUCCCCGUCCUGUUGCUGCUGCACCGCCCGCCUUGGCCUCAGCUUCUCCAAAACUGAAGUUUUCACCGCCUCAGAACCUAAUGCCCAUUGCCCGCACCGCCGCUCCCAUCUUUGUGCCACCUGUUUUGUUUUGUUUUUUUUUGGGGGGGGAUGCAAACCUGCCCGCCCCUUGGAUGGGGGGGAGGGGGCGGUGAUCGCUUUGGCCCAUGUUCUUUUACUGGAUAGCUGUGUGCUGUCCC